CCUGACUCCAGGCCACCGUAACGUCUCUCUCUGACAAAAACAAACGAUUCCCUUGCAGCCUCUGAGGCACUGAGCACAGUCCAGCAGCUUAUCCAGAGAAAUAAACUUGAACUUCGCCAAAGCAUACUCCUUUAUGGCCAAGCUCACUAAACUCCAAGUAACUCUAAACUCUGCUGGGAAAAAAAUGUGUUUUGUACCCAGAAGUGUGGGAACUGGAUGUGUGCCAGGCCAGCGCUGGUACUACUGGGUCUUUGUGAAACGGGGACAAAUUCAUUUUGGUGAACAAAGUGUGAAGUCUUUUCAUCUCUUAUUUCUCGACAUUGUACAAACGUAUUGUCACACUUUUCCUUCCAUUUCCCUGUGUGUGUACAUACAUGUGUGUGCCCGUGUGUGUGUGUGUGUGUAUAAUAGUGUGGAGUCAGUGAAUGACGGCCUUUUCCACACGGUGGAGCUGCUAAUCCAGAACCACUCUCUAAGUCUGGUGGUGGACAACGGUGCCCCCAAGAGUCUGGGCAAGCUACUGCGCCAGCCCUCCAUGGACCACAACACACAGCUCUACAUUGGAGGCGUGCCAUCCCAGGUCGUGGCGUCUGUCCUGCGCCCCAGCCCGGAGCGAAACCCACCCCUGUUCAACGGCUGCAUCCACAACGUCCGCAUCAACAGUGACCUCCAAGACCUGGGCGGGGUGGCGGGCCCCCGGGGGGCACAGGGGGCCCUGCCAGGGUGCCACUCCUGCAGCGUGUGUGCCCAGGGGGCCUGUCGGCAGGAGGGGGAGACAGGCGUCACCUGUGAGUGUCCUCCCGGGCGCACAGGAGUGCUGUGUGACCAGAGGACUGCCCCCAGUCCCUGUCAGACCAGCAGAUGUGUGCAUGGUUUGUGUGUUCCCAAGGACUCAUCCUACAGCUGCCAGUGUGCAGAGGGCUACUCUGGCCUGUACUGUGACAAGAGAGAAGAACCUCCAGGCUGCAGGGGGCACCACUGUGGCCAUGGGGAGUGUAGGAUGGCAGAGGGUGGGGAACCUGUGUGUUUCUGCCAGCCUGGCUACACUGGCCCUACUUGCGACACAGAGUUAACCUGUCAGGGCGAAGCAGUGCGAGAGGUCCUGAAGCGCCACCAUCCAAUGAAGACCUGCACGUCCACUACCAAGGUGCCCCGGGUGGAGUGCCCCCGUUCCUGCCUGGAGGGACUGUGCUGUGGCCCUUCCAAAAGCCGCCGGCGGAAAGUCUCCUUCCGUUGUACGGACGGCUCCACCUACUCUGAGGAGAUGGAGACCACCCUGGAGUGUAGCUGUGCCAAAUGUCCGUUGUAACACUGAUGCUGCCACCACACUGAGCACCACCAUGUCAGUCACCCAUCACUGCAGAAAAAGAAGAAAAAAACACCCCAUUUCACAAACGCGAAAGUUUCAAUGACAAAAAAAAAAGGGACUUGUUUUCUGUAGCUGCUUUGAGAGCGAGGGGAAAAGAAAAUAUAUUGUAAAAUAAAAAACAUAGAACUUAUUUUUAUUAUGGCAUUUGUUUUUGUUUUUAAGAAAAUUAAAAUAAAGAGAAGUGUUAUGUUUUUAUAAAAUGAUGAAGUAUAAUGUUUCAUAUGAGAAGUUAUUUUGUACCGUUAAAGAAAACACAUGAAAAACAAAUGCUAACGUUGCUAAAAGUAUAUGGAAUCUAUGUAUAAAUAUAAAUGUAUACCCUAACCCUUAGAGUUACAGUAUUUACUAGCGUAUUGCAUGUGUGGGGGCAAAGGGAGAGAGAUAGUAAUGAAAGGACACUGAUAUACAGUGGGCAAUUGCAAAGCUGCAAGGAAGAGCCUGUUGCUGCAAAUUUCCAGAGGACAAAGAAAGAUGGCAAUCUUUGUUCUCAUCGUACGGAAGCUUAAAGAAUUCUACCACCACGAUGCUAAGAGGAAAGCCAGAUUUUACAAUGGACCUCAACUUUACCUGACAGCUACCUACUAGUGGAUACAAACUCUUGUCCCUGAAACUCCAAACGACUGUUGUCUAAUGUGCCAUAGGAUGUGCAUUCAUAAUGUUCACCGUUUAAUUCGCUGUUGUGCCCCAGCUAUUCCAAGAUAACUGUCACAAAUCUCCUCAAGUAGGAAAAUCUGUAGCACAUUUGUAAUAGCGAGUCUCGCCUAUGCGGUUUUCUCCUUCAGUAUUACUGGUAUUUGUUCAAAGACAAGAAAUUCAUUAAGCUUUACAGAUGAAAUUUGCGUGUAAUAUGCAAUGCAUUUCUAUUUGAAAGGUCGGUGACUUUUCACUGUCUUGGAUGAAUCCCUGAUUUUGACAUCCGCAGGAUGACUGUUUUUAGACCAAGUGGCCAGGAGGGGGAGCCAUAUUUGGACUCAUCCGUUAUACCCGUCCUACUAACACUAUUAAUUCAGUAGCCUAGAUGAAGACCAGAAGUUCUGUAUAACAACAAGUGAGGAUUCUUGUCAGCAGAUUCCUAACUUUGUCAUGUGUAAGGUCAUUGUAUUGAUCGGGAUGAAUCUCUCGCCUCAAACACUAAUGGAUUGUGUCUGCCAUGCCCAGACUCUACACAGCAUCAAUCAUAAUGCCUUGCAAUCCAAUUUAUGAGUAUUACGUUAGUUGUAUUAGAUGUUACAACAGACAUGGAGCUUUUCUAAAUAAUGAGUUUGCGUGUGAUGAUAAAUACCUAUGUUGAAUGUUGAAAUUAAACUACCAUGAAACUA